GUCAUUGUGGUGCUGAGGUUUUUGCGAAGCAAAAAUGUCUGUCUGCCUAAGGUUAACUCGCAAGUGACAUAUAGGGAUAUUUUGCUAACUAUUACAACCUAAAUCACUGUUUUACAGUAUUUGAGACGCGUUACAAGAGAACGAGGCUCCAUACUACCACACCCGAUCGCCCUAGUUGGAAUUUUAAAGGGGAAAAGGUAAAAUAUUGUAGUGAGUUUGUCAAAAAAGGUUUCGGACUGGGUGAAAGAAGUUGGGAUACAAGAGACUGGAGCUGGUAUGGAGUAAAGGGUCGAAAGAUUGGCAGGAUGAAUCCUCAACAGCGGAUUGCCGCUAUCGGAACAGACAAGGAAUUGAGUGACUUGCUGGAUUUUAGCGCGAUGUUUUCUCCACCUGUAAAUAGUGGGAAAAACAGGCCAACCACCCUUGGAAGCAGCCAGUUCAGUGCACCAGGUAUGGAUGAGAGGCCGAGCCAGGCAGCGUCCUCCUGGGCCCCAGGUGGCCAGUCGUCCAGUCCCUCCUACGAGUCCUCCAGGGGUUUGGCAGACAGCCCUCAUUAUGGUGAUCACAUGAGUGACAGUCGAUUAGUGUCCCAUGAAGGAUUGUCCCAGACACCUUUUAUGAACUCCAGCAUAAUGGGUAAAUCAGCAGAGAGGGCUCAAUUUCCAGCCUAUGGGAGAGAGCCUGGCGUGUCUGGCUGCCAGGCCAAUCUGCGGCCGGACAUUGGUCUGGUGAGUCCUGGGCCUGUGACCACAUCGGGGAAAACGGCCCCUCCCUUCUACCCUCCCUUCACCGGGGCCAACCCCAGAAGACGCCCCCUACCGGAACCUACUCCCAUUGAUCCUCUACAAACAAAGAAAGUUCGCAAGGUCCCUCCUGGUCUGCCUUCAUCUGUGUAUGCCCCGUCUACCAACUCCACAGAAGACUUCAACAGAGAUUCUCCCUCCUACUCAUCUCCCAAACCCCCCAGCAGUAUGUUUGCAACCACUUUCUUUGAUGGGACCCACAACUCUUCUGAUCCGUGGAAUUCCUCCAAUGGGAUCAACCAGCCUAGUUAUGGAGGAAUGCUGGGAGGAUCUUCAUCUCACAUGCCGCAGUCAGGAAAUUACGUCAACAUGCACUCACAUGACCGCCUGAAUUACCCUCCACACUCUGUGUCGCCGACAGACAUCCAUGCCAGUCUUCCUCCAAUGUCCAGCUUCCACCGCAGCAACGCCAGCACUUCACCAUUCGUUAACCCAACACACACCCCGCCUGUCAACACCACCGACGGGGUCAUGGUUGCUGCAAAUCGGGGGAACGCCUCUGGAAGCCAGCAGACUGGAGAUGCACUGGGCAAAGCCUUGGCUUCGAUUUACUCACCUGACCACACCAGCAGUAGUUUUCCAUCCAACCCCUCCACCCCUGUAGGAUCUCCGUCGCCCCUGACUUGCACAGCAGGUGCUGCUGCCUCAGCAGGUACAGUGGUGACCACCGGCGCCCCCUCUGGAAGGGCAGGUACCAACCAAUGGUCCCGUGGUGCAGCCGGACAGAGCUCCUCCUCCCCCAACUAUGAGAACUCCCUGCACUCACUGAAAACUCGAGUCCAUCAGCAGCUUCAUGAGCAUCUCCAGGAUGCCAUGUCAUUCUUAAAGGAUGUAUGCGAGUCUCGGAUGGAGGAUCGCCUGGACAGACUGGAUGAUGCCAUCCUCGUCCUGCGCAACCAUGCCGUGGGCUCCACCACCAGUCUGCCCAGCGACAUACACAGCCUGCUGGGACAGAAUGGGCCAAUAGCAGCCCUCGGAGCAAACUUCCCUGCCGCCGGAUUGGUUGCUAGUCGGACAGCAGCAAUGGGUGGUUCUCACCGGGAUGAGGCUGGCAGUUUAAUCAACAGUCACGGAGGGCCGGCCAGCGUGGGCUCCAUGUCCAACAUGUCCAGCAUGUCCACCGCUGAACUCAACCACCAAGUGGAAACCUUCAGAGGUCUGGCUGCAGGUCUGGCUGGUCAGGUGGCUGCAGCCCUGGAGCUGAAGGUAGAGAACCAGGACAGAGACGACAUGCAUGAUGGCCACUCCUCCGACGACCUUGGCUCCGGAGACGAAAGCGACAAGAGGGACAUCAAGACUCCCAGAGGAGGCACUCGGACAAGCAGCAUCAAUGAGGAUGAUGACAACCUGAACCCAGAGCAGAAGGCUGAGCGGGAGCGCGAGAGGAGGAUGGCCAACAAUGCCCGCGAACGCCUGAGGGUGCGAGACAUCAACGAGGCUUUCAAGGAGCUGGGCCGCAUGGUUCAGCUGCACCUGAAGAGCGAGAAGCCCCAGACCAAGCUGCUCAUCCUGCACCAGGCCGUGGCAGUCAUACUGAGCCUGGAGCAACAAGUCAGAGAGCGGAAUCUGAACCCCAAAGCAGCCUGCCUUAAGAGGAGGGAGGAGGAGAAGGUGUCUGGCCAUGGGAUCUCUGGGGACCAGCAGGCCCACCAUGGGGUCCACCCCGGCCUCACCGACACAUCCAACCCCAUGGGCCGACUCUGAGGAGCACACAGAUCAACAUGAUCCAGAUCAGUUCUGUAAGAUAGAGAUGGUGCCCUUGCUUCCCAAUGGCAGACAGGACUCACAGUUUGUGACAUAAAUUGGAGGCGACAGACCACUUGAAGCUAAACCCCAGACUAACGCAAUCCUUAGCUUGAAGAAAAGCCCAGUGUCCAGGUCCCUGUGAUGACAUCCAACACAUUUCUGCCCACGAGAAAACUUCAGCACAUAUCACUGUCUGCAAGCAGCGUGUCGCAUCUGAACAAUCAGAGACUGUCGCGAUCUCCUCCACCCUCCCAUGUGGAAGUUUGCCUUGUGCCUAAACUGAAUUGACGAAUGCAUUGUAAUAGCAAUUAUGUUGUUUUUUUUGUAUGAUUUUUUUCUAUUUAUUAUGUUACUGAGCUGUAAAGUCUAUGUCUAAAGGGAAAGUUAUGAAUAUGCUUUAAGAAGCCUGUGGCUUUUCAGUUGAUCUACAGUUUGCCAGUGUCACUAGUAUGGCCCAGCCCUUCUCCCUAGCCAGUCUCGGGCUAGCCUGAGCUAAGAUUAAGAUACUCCGGCUCCUGAGAAAGAUACAAAUUAAUAUAUUUGGCAAUUUAAAGUGAUCUUUAGGGCCCAACUAAAAAUCAAUUGGCGGUAUUGAGUACUAAAAGACUUAAGCAUCCCAUUUAAAUAAAUAACAUAUAUUAUUUAUAUUUAUAUUUUAUUCAUGCCGCAAUGAACAGCAUGUUUAAACCAAAACGCCCUGCUCAUGUGUCCGUUUGGUAUAGCUCAGUCUUCAUGUUACUGACAUAAUUAGAGGAAGAGGACUAGACAUGAGUGGUGGGUAUGAGCCCAGCUAAAUAGUUUUCCAUACAUACACUAGGCUGAACACUAUACACUCUGUGUCACAGCAAACUCUAGUUUUCCUGAAAGGUCAACUACAGACUUAUAAGGUGUUUAUUCUCAGUAGUGAGCAGUUCAAAUACAGAAAGCAAACCAUUUACAAACCUUAGCAUUCCCUGCAUAUUUCUUAGUGUCUUAACUAAAGGGAAAGGGACUUCACUGCCUUUUCAUUCCUUUGCCAUAUAGUGUUAAAUGUAAACAAUGACAUAUUUCUGAUAUUGCAGUUUGUUUUCUAUAUUACAGUAUGGUCUCUGGUUAGUUGAACAGCCAUGGUCAUGCUCUUUGUAAUCGCCUAGCGCUGUUUUAUCAAAGAUUGCUUAGUGAAACAGUUGAAACGACGACCACAAUAUCACCUGGCCUGAAUGAACUUUUCAUGUCAUUUUUUUUCUGUUAAAAAUAACUAAAGAAAAAAAGUUUAAAAAACCAUUAUUCAAAGUAAUCAAAAGUUAUAUGUUUAUUUGUAAUUGUAUAGAAAUCAUUUCUCUAGGCUUCAUAGUAAAGCAUAUGAUGUCAAGCGUGAAAUAGCAGAGAGGAGUUCUAAGUUAUUUAGAAUGGCUUUGUUUUGAUCCAAGCAGUGAAGUUACUGGUGAAGGAAAGGGAAGGGGGAGCUUUAAGAGUUCACAUGCUGUUAAACAUCAGAAACAGUUGGUCCUUCAGAUAGGUAUAGUACAAUGAUGAACAAACACAGUUUUGAGCAGAUUUUUUUGAAUGUUUCAGGAUGAAGAACAAUGGUCACCACUUACAUUUUUUAUCUGUGUGCAUGCUUUACUUUCUUUAAAAAAAAGUAUUUUGGUCUUAACUCCUGGUUUUUAUUCCAUUUGUUUCCUUGUAUACUGUCUUCCAUUAUUAUCCACCUUUAAAACAAGGCUGCCACAUCCAGAGACAAGUAGCCUAUUCUGUGAAAAAUAAAGUAAUAGAACGAAGGAUGCCAUUGAAAACCACCCCAAGGAGUUUAUAAAAAAAUAUUUUUGAUUUUACAAUCAUUUUCUUUUUGUGAUAAACUUGGAAACGUAUUGUCGUGUUUUCUCUGACUGCAUGUGGCCUUGUUCAUCAUUUCAGUAUUCAUGAGCUUGUAUUCAUGUUGCUGGCAGACUCUGAUUGAGGUUAUAAUGUAUGUCACUGCCUGCUCUCUCAUUUCCUCCGUCAUUUUCUAAUGUUCUGCUGUCUGUCUCUUUGCUCCUAUGUUAGACUUUUCUCUAUUCCCAGAUGAUUUUCCUCGUAUAAUAUAUGAAAAAAGAACAAAAAUAAGAUUAAAAAAACAUUUGGCUUAUUUUUCACUGUAGUUAGUCUUUUAUACAAUAAUAUUGUAAGAACAUUUCUUGAAUUCUAAAUAUUACUCUUUCUAGAUUUUUUUAAUCGAAAGUUUUGAGUAAAAAGUUUCUUACUUUAUUUUACUAUAUUAGAUAGUAAAAUGCACGGUUAUUUACCAUAACCUGUCCAUUAUUAUCUGAAACGUACAAAUAGCAUCCGAAAACAUAGUAGGAUUGUAGCUCGCAGUCUAGUACAUUGAGGUAUUGUACAAGCUCAAAUUUCAUGAAGGCGUGCGUUCCAUCUUGAUCUUCAGUCUCUAUUGUUGGUGGAUAAAAGAUGUGUACUUGUGUUCAAAAAUUCUAGGUAUUGUUGAUGCACAUCAAAAACCAGCAGCAAGAAAUUGAACUAUCCGUCUCUGUAACAGAAAACACAACAUGUAAAUAACAUUUAUGUAGCAAUAAAUGUGCCAUCUUUUUUAACACAAUUGUAUGUGGAUUUAUUUCCUUCUUUGGACGUCAUCUUUAUUUUCUGUUUCUCCACCUUUCAUUUUUCAUUUAUUUCCAUUCAAUUUAGAAUUUUGUGAUUGUUUAAUGAAAUGACUUGCUGGUGGUGCGUUUGGUUGAGCUCAAUACAAGUACAGUACCAUGAUGUGUUCACUCAAGUGAGCUACUGACGCAACAACCCUUCCCUGGUUCUCCCCCCAGAAGACUUUUCUACAGUGGAUCUUGGCCAAAUGAGGAACUCUGUGCAAGAGUGUGUUUUAUAGUAUGUUACUAAUUUUUAAAACAAUAUCAGUGGACCGUUGUAGUCUGUAUGGAAUAUAUGUUUCUAUUUUUAAUAAAGUGUGAUAGCAGCAUA